UUGCCCUGCCUUUGUUUUGUUUUGUUCUAUUUCUCUCUUUAUGCUGCCUACUUCGCGAUCAAAAUCAACCUCGCGGAUCUCUCUCUUCCUAUUCAUCAUUUCUUCUUUAGAACUAUCAGCCUCUUCGCAUCAGUAGUCAUGGGAAGCCUAUUCAGGAUAACCCGUAAAUUGGCUGUAAAUGCUGGCCGACCGGUCUCUUUUCAAGCGACAAAAAGGUCUUACAACACGAUUCCUAUAGUAAUUGAGCAAUCUUCUAGAGGUGAGAGAGCUUAUGACAUCUUCUCUCGCCUUUUAAAGGAACGAAUCAUUUGCAUCAACGGGCCUAUCUCCGAUGAUGUGGCCCAUGUUGUUGUAGCUCAACUUCUGUUCCUCGAGUCUGAAAACCCUUCCAAGCCCAUCAACAUGUACAUGAAUUCUCCAGGAGGUGUUGUUACAGCAGGUCUUGCUAUAUACGACACAAUGCAGUAUAUCCGAUGUCCCAUAAACACGAUGUGUUUGGGUCAAGCUGCGUCGAUGGGCUCACUCUUGUUGGCUGCAGGAACAAAGGGAGGAAGACGUUCUCUCCCAAAUGCAUCGAUUAUGGUUCAUCAACCGUCUGGUGGGUACAGUGGGACGUCUAUGGAUCUUUCUAUUCAUGCCAAGCAGAUGGCUAAGAUGUGGGAUUCAUUGAAUGCAUUGUAUUCCAAACAUACUGGACAAACUGUAGAAGUAAUCCAGAAGAGUAUGGAGAGAGAUAAUUUCAUGACUCCUGAAGAGGCCAAGGAAUUCGGGCUAAUUGAUGAGGUCAUUAACCAACGUCCCGAAGAAUUGGUAGCUGAUGCUGUUCAAAAUGCACCCGAGAAAGUUUAGUUGAAUAACAUGUCAUUACUGACCACAAAAUCCUGCAACAACUAAUUCUUCAGAAAAAUUCUCACACCCAAACAUGAAACAGACUUCAGUACAUCCCAUUUAUAUAAUUUGGAUUAUUAGUCUUCUUUAAAAUGGUGAGGAGAGAAACUGGCCUGAACUGGAAGGUUAUGCUUCGUGGCUAUCUCCUUAAACAAAAAAGAUGAAAUUAAAUUUGUGGCAUAUCGUUGAUUUGAGUCGUGCUUAAUGACAAAUCCACCAUGUAUUUUGUGCU